AUGUCGCACGAAGAUCAAGCAUUCCUUAUGGGAUCGGACAUCGAAGACGAUCUUGUUGUUGAGGAGGAUAUGGAACACAUGGAACACGACCAGCAACCAGCACCUUCCCAGCCGGCUGCCAAUAUCCACCAUGUAAAUGAAAUUGACACCGAGGCGGAUCGUAUGCUGGAAACUCCAUGGCAGAACCUCACCCCAGAUCAAUGUGAAGUCAUCAGUCGGUUGGUGGAAAAAGCGGAUAGCUCCCAGAUGAGUAGAGCGGAGUUGUUGAAUUCAAUCGAAGAUUCUCUGAUGGAGUUGGCAGCGAUUCGAGGAAGAAACAACGGUAUCCCACAACAACGUAAGUGA